AUGAUGGGCAGCCUCCUUCAGAUCAGGCGAUCUUCACCAUCAUCCAGCAGGCUCGCUCUCACUGCGCUCAGCCAUUUGCUCUCUGGGAAACCACUCUCUGUUUCCUCUAAUGCCCUCAUAUCUCCGCAAAUUCACACUUAUGCCACUGAAUCCCCUCUGGUCAGGCCUUCUUCGCCGGCGUUUGGGCUGACGAGGGGUUUCCAUUCGAGCCUGGCUCUGCGGGCCGGGUUUGCCGUGGCCGAUUAUUCUGAUGCCGAUGAGAAAAGGGACUCUUCCAGCGAAUCAUCGGAUGAAGGGCUUGAGAUCUCGAAGCUUGGGAUUUCGCAGGAUAUUGUCUCGGCCCUGGCGAGUAGGGGUAUUAAGAAGCUUUUCCCGAUUCAGGUCCAAUUCCAGAAAACUGAAUCUUUUGCAUUUGGUGUUAAUUCUGUGGUGAGGGCAGUUUUGGAACCUGCCAUGCAGGGACGUGACAUGAUUGGGCGGGCAAGAACUGGGACAGGGAAGACACUAGCUUUUGGGAUCCCUAUCAUGGAUAAAAUCAUAAAAUUCAAUGAGAAAAAUGGCAAGGGCAGAGAUCCUUUGGCACUUAUUCUGGCUCCUACCAGGGAACUUGCUAAACAAGUGGACAUAGAAUUUGCUGAGUCUGCCAAAGAACUAGAUACAUUAUGUGUUUAUGGGGGUGUUCAAAUAGCUCGUCAAAUGAGUACUCUGGACCGUGGUGUUGAUGUGGUUGUUGGGACCCCUGGCCGUGUCAUUGAUUUGAUCAAGCGUGGGGCCCUGAAUUUGUCAAAAGUGCAAUAUGUUGUCCUUGACGAGGCUGAUCAGAUGCUUAAUGUGGGAUUUGCUGAUGAUGUUGAGACUAUCUUGGGAUAUAUUACGCAGAAGCAUCAGACAAUGAUGUUUUCAGCUACAAUGCCAAACUGGAUCCAGAAACUUAUUCAGAAAUUCUUGAAAAAUCCAGUUACCAUCGACCUUGUGGGAGAAAAUGAUCAGAAAUUAGCUGAUGGGAUUUCCUUGUAUUCAAUUGCAUCUGACUUGAGAGAGAAACCAGCAAUACUUAGCCCUCUGAUAACUGAGCAUGGAAAAGGAGGUAAAUGUAUUGUAUUUACCCAAACAAAGCGUGAUGCCGAUCGAUUGGCGUAUGCGAUGCAAAAGACUUUUAAAUGCGAACCACUGCAUGGUGAUAUUUCACAGAACCAAAGGGAGAGAACUCUGUCUUUCUUUCGGGAUGGCCGAAUCAAUGUUUUAGUGGCAACUGAUGUGGCAGCCCGUGGUCUUGACGUGCCAAAUGUUGAUCUGGUGAUACACUAUGAAAUUCCGAAUACCCCGGAGACUUUCGUCCAUCGAUCUGGACGAACAGGUCGUGCUGGGAAGAAAGGUACCGCAAUUCUUAUGUAUACAGCCCACGAACGUAGGGAUGUCAAAAUAAUCGAACGUGAUGUAGGAUGCCAGUUCAAUGAGGUGAGCUACAUCUUUAAGCUCCCGAAGAUAGAUGUUGAACCUGGGUCCUUGGCCAUGUAUGGUGGCAUUGGAGGGGGUAGUCGUUUUGGUUCUGGUGGAAGAAUGGGAGGUGGCCGUUUUGGUGAUUCCGGUUUUGGACGUUCAGGCGGAUUUGGUGAUUCUGGAUUUGGACGCUCUGGAGGUUCCGGUGGUGGUUAUGGUGGUUCCGGUGGUGGUAGGUCGGGUGGUUAUGGAGGUUCCGGUGGUGGUUAUGGUGGUUCUGGUGGUGGUUAUGGAGGUUCCGGUGGUGGCAGAUCGGGUGGUUAUGGAGGUUCAGGGGGUGGAGGUUUUGGAUCAGGCCUUGGUGGGCCAGCUAGGAACAGUGGAUUUGGAAGCGGAGGUCGCUCGAGUGGAUUUGGCAGUGGUGGUCGCUCGAGCGGCUUUGGGGAAUUUGAUUCGAGUAGAUUUGGCAGUUCGCAAUCUGGUCAAAGUUCCCGUUCGACUCGGUUUGGCGAUUUUGGUGGUGACAGUAAGCGUGAUAAGAGGAGUUCGGGUUUAGAUUUUGAUUUCUGA